GAAGGUUUUCAGCAUUGCAAUAUUGUAAAAUUUUAGUGAAAGGUGGAUGAGAGACAGAUCGUAUAACAAGUAAUUGGAUAUAGGUAGUAUAUGUACUACAUGCGUGGCGAUUAUGGUGAUGGGACGGAAACACUUCAACCCAUCUCGACUCAUCCCCGCCACUUUUUGUGUGAGUACUAUCCAUAUCAGCCCCAAAACUUAUCAAUACGAGAACUUUUCUCACUGACAGGAUCAAAAUCGAGAAGAGUCGGAUACCCACGAUUACGGGUACAAUUGCAAUCCUCAAAUUGUCAUCAUGCAUACUCGUGGUUACAAUUUAAAGUCGGUCCAAAAAGAGGAAUCGUGAUGGGAAGUGACAACAUGGUGUGGAGGGGCAAUGACGAUAUUUGAGACAGGAUGAGGUGAUAGGGAACUCAAUCAAUCGAGAAUGAAC